UUUAGAAGACCAUAAGCCCGUGUAACAGUGUCAAUUCAUGAUCAUCAUUUUCAUAACAUCUCUUGUACGAGAUUAGUCAGUUGAUUGUGAGGCGAGUCUGACAGGAGUAAACUAUACCAAGCCAAGUAUUUUGAAAUAUACUUCUAAAUUUUAAAAAUGGCAACUGUCAAUAAAUUAGUGGGUUACACACGAGUUAAAAAAGAAAGGAGUCAGUUCACGUGGAUAAUAAACGAUUUUAAUUGGAUGAAAGCAGAAACCGGAGAGCCGAUUAUGUCUCCGAAAUUCAGAGUCGAAGGUGACAUCAAAAGACAAUACUGGUUGACUUGUUAUCCAGGUGGAUACAGAAAAGACGACAGUGGCUACAUUUCCUUAUUUUUGGAAUGUGAUACAACCGAGGAAGUAGCUAUAGAGUGUAAAAUAUCAUUAACGAAUGGCCAAUCGGUAUUUAGCAACGACCGAUUUUUGAGAAGACUGGAGCCAAAACAACGUAACUGGGGUUGGUCGAAAUACAUCAGAGCCAUAGCGGUUCACGAAUCGAUCUCGCCUUCCAAUAAGUUAACAAUAAUUUGCGACUUGACGGUUGCGACGGAAUUCCAAGUGUUUACAAGGGCCGAACCGAUCGAAUCUCGCGACGAAUUUCACGAAGAGGUAAAAACUAUGCCCACUCACGACUGGCUCUUUCGCAACGAAGAAUUUAGCGACAUGCAGAUAUGCGGCAUCGACGGAGCACCCGUUCCGGGACAUAGAGUCGUGCUCGCCACCGCCAGUCCGGUGUUCAAAUACUUGGUGGAAGCCGGAAAGGGCGUAGACGUAGUCUUCGUGAACGAUAUCUAUCACGAUGUCCUCAUGGACGUGUUGCAAUUCGUCUAUACAGGUGACAUUCGAGACGAGAUCGUGAACAACCCCGACAUGGUCUGCAAGCUGUUCGCGGCCGCCGUCCAGUUGAAGCUCGACGCGUUGCGCUACGAGUGCGAAGAAAUUUUGUGCGACCAUUUAUCGAUCGAGAGCGUCCUGGAGAUACUGAGCUUCGCUUACCAGCACCAGGCGGAGAAACUGAAGAAACGAGCGAUCGAUUUUACCGUGUCGCACAUGGAGGAGCUCGAGGACCAGAUGAAACGUUAUGCCGACCCGUUCAUGCUCGACUUGAUCCGAUCGCUGCAACAGAAUCGAUGAAAAUUUAUAGCCAAUUAAUGCUUAUCAUAAUUUCUAUUAUUAAACUGAUGCACCAAUGGUGUAAUCUGACAUUUUUUGAAAUUUUAAAUCAUUGUUAAACCAAAUGUAGUACACAGAUGAGAAUUGUUAAUACACAAUAAAAAAUUUUAUAUAAGACGCAAGUA